UGCAGUCAGUCUCUGUGCCGUGCCUGGAGCCAGCGCUGAGUGGAGCCUGUCUGCCAGCAGCUUCAGCAGCGGCUCGAUCUGGAUCCCAGCGCACUCGCUGACAAUUCAAGGAGGCCCCCCUUUUUUUUUUCUUCCCCCCCUUCUUAUUUGCCGCGGAUUAUUGUUCACCAUGGGUGACAAAAAGAGCCCUACCAGGCCAAAAAGACAAGCCAAACAAGCUGACGACGGCUACUGGGACUGUAGCGUGUGCACCUAUCGGAACACAGCCGAGGCUUUUAAAUGCAGCAUCUGCGAUGUGAGGAAGGGCACAUCAACAAGGAAACCCAGGAUCAACUCCCAGCUGGUGGCCCAGCAGGUGGCCCAGCAGUAUCCCAUGCCGCCCCCGGCUAAAAAAGAGCGACGGGAGCGGAGCGAGCGUGCAGACAGGGAGCGGGCGGACGGCGAAGGCGAGAGCGUCCUCGGGGAGGCUCGCCCCGAAGGCGAGCGCCCUGAAAUAGUGAGGCCCGAGAGGGAAACUCCUCCCCCUGACAAGGACAAGAGCGACAAGGAGCAACCCGUCCAAGACAAAGCCGACAGAGAGAAAGACGUCGUCCCGGCCGUCGCCAAGAAGCCCGGCAUUAAAAAGAGCAGACCCAAAUCGGACAGCCAUCAGAGUCCACCCAGCGACAAACAAAGUAUACAGUCCGGCAAAUCUGCAAGCAAGACCAACAAGGACAGUCACAUUUCCAGGCCCAAGCUGAAGAACAUCGACCGGAGCACGGCGCAGCAGCUGGCCAUCACCGUGGGCAACGUGACAGUGAUCAUCACAGACUUUAAGGAGAAGAGCCGCUCCUCGUCCACAUCCUCGUCCACCAUCACGUCGAGCGUGGGCUCCGAACAGCAGCAUCAGAGCUCGGGCUCCGAGAGCAUGGACAAAGGCUCGUCGCGCGCCUCCACGCCCAAAGGCGGCGAUCUCUCCGUGGGGCACGACGAGUCCUUCUGAGGGCCCGGCCCGUUCUCCGUCGACCCCGCCCACUCAACCCCCUUUUCCACCCCACGUACUGGACACUAUGGAUCCCAAAGGGGGAGAGACUGGAGCUCCCCCACGGCCAUGCCGCCUCUGUUCUCUGACCAACCUGGAGGCGGCCCGGAUGAAGGCAAUGCAAGCGCGCCCAACGCGCAAAUGAAGGCCUCCGGCCGAAGAGGAAAAGGAGCUGCGGACAGAGUUAACGCCCAAGACGCUUGUAUGUAUUGUUUUAUAUUUGGACGUGGAUGUGAGGCCAAGUCCAUCUUUUUUUUUUAAUUUUAUUUUUGUCACAAACAUUUCUCCGCCAGGCACAAUAACCACCCUUAUUUUGUUAUUAUUAUUUGUACCUUUAUUUAUUACCUGUUGCACCUGUAUACUUUGAUAUUUUCCUUAUGAUGUUGAAGCUUGGCUGCGUAGCUCUGCCGGCCCAAUCGUUCCCUCAGUGUUUUUGUUGCCGUUUGAAAUGAUGCCAGACUACACACACAAACAUCAACACACACACACACACACACACGAAGGUGCUAGAUACACUGUGAAAAAGUUUUGCAGAUCGCCCAGUCACUGUAUGUGAUGAAGAAUCCGAUUGUCACUCCCGUUUCCUCAACAAUCCCGUCUCACUCUGAACACUGUUAGGACUUUCCUCGUGGCUGCUGUGUGCAUCACAAGUCCAAAUCCUCAAACUGUCAACUCAUAAUCUUCUUCAGUAUUGUGCGUCCUUAACUGUACAGUGUAGGCUGUUGUGUAAAACACUAAAAGCUGUCGCUAUUUGCUCCGUUCCGUUCCGCUAACGUCGCGUUUCCCGGCUCAAGGUGAAGCUGUGCGCCUCUCAAAUUGGACUUUUCCGAAGGACGGGUGCUCACGGUCCCACCGGUGAAACCGUACGGGGCCGUCGAAGACACUUGGAAAUGGCGCGUUUGUCCUGAUGGAAUUCUGCCAGUUGCCACUGCAAAUGAGUUUAAUGUCCUCUUUUCAUUUUUGCCAAAUAGUCAUUUAAAGACCACAGUCAUUGGAGGUGAAACUCAAAUCACUAUGGUGCUCUCUUAUUUUGGAACAGCAAGGCUCAUCCAAUGGUUCUUCUCAUUCAUUUCCGCUCAGUAGCUGAUACCGUAACCACCUAAUUUCCUUUCCAACUGUAUGAAAUUGUAUAAAGAAUAAAUGUGUAUAUGAUAUCUUAGUUUUAUUUAUUGAAGGACCAAAGGAAUUUCAUAUUGACAUGAUACAUAGAUGAAUAACAAUUUGAAAUGCAAUUACUGCAAUUAUCUAAUGUUUGAGAUGAAUAACAGUUUAAAUAAAGAAAGACUAAUAUAAUCCAUGUUAAUGGUGUUCUUAAUGUGCACGCCACGUCACACUGGACACGUGCAGGUGGCGACGGGCGGGCUGAGUGAACAUUGGUCGAUGUGACCCCCCCCCCCUCCCUCCCCUCC